AUGGCUUUAAGAUCAGAAGAGGAGCUUUUCUGUCCUGUCUGCCAUGACAUCUUUAAAUAUCCUGUUGUCCUGACAUGUAGUCACUGUUUCUGCAAAGACUGUCUGAAGACAUGGUGGAGGGAUAGAGAAAUGCAGGACUGUCCGCUUUGUAAGAGAACAUCGUCUAAAGAAGAACCACCUGUUUGUUUGCCACUGAAGAACCUUUGUGAAGCCUUCUCACAGAAGAAACAUCAGAGAGUUUCAGCAGAGUUUGAGGAUCUCUGCAGUCUGCACUCUGAGAAACUCAAACUCUUCUGUCUGGAUCAUCAGCAGCCAGUGUGUCUCAUCUGCAGAGAUUCAAAAACACACAACAACCACAAAUUCAGACCCAUCGAUGAAGCAGAACAGGAUCAUAAAGAGGAGCUCCAUAAAUAUCUGAAACCCUUACAGGAUAAACUGAAAGUCUUUAAAAUGGUUAAAAGAAACUGUGAUCAAACAGCAAAACACAUUAAGGUCCAGGCCAGAGACACAGAGAGGCAGAUUAAGGAACAGUUUAAGAAGCUUCACCAGUUUCUACAAGAGGAAGAGGAGGCCAGGAUCUCUGCUCUGAGGGAGGAAGAGGAGCAGAAGAGUCAAAUGAUGGAGGAGAAAAUUGAGGGUCUGAGCAGAGAGAUAGCAGCUCUUUCAGACACAAUCAAAGUCACAGAGGAGGAGCUGAGAGCUGAAGACGUUUCUUUCCUGCAAAACUACAAGACUGCAGUGGGAAGAGUUCAGCAGCGCCCCCUGCUGGAUGAUCCAGAGCUGAUCUUGGGAGCUCUGAUAGAUGUGGCCAAACACCUGGGAAACCUGACCUUCAACAUCUGGAACAAGAUGAAGGACACAGUUUCCUUCACUCCUGUGAUACUGGAUCCAAACACUGCUCAUCCAGAACUGAUCCUGUCUGAAGAUCUGACCAGUGUGAGACGAGGAGAGAGACGGAUGCUUCCUGAAAACCCAGAGAGGUUUGACAAAUUCAGCUUCGUCCUGGGCUCUGAGGGUUUUAACUCAGGGGCUCACAGCUGGGAUGUUGAGGUUGGAGACAGCGCUGGCUGGUGUGUGGGUGUAGUUGCAGAUUCUGUCGAGAGGAAGGAGAGUUUAGGCUUACUGGCCAAAUUAUGGAGAAUAGGGUUAUAUGAGGGUAAACACAAAGCAUUUUCCCCAGUACAUCCUCACACUGUUCUUUCAAUGAAGAAGCUGCAGAGGAUCAGAGUCCAUCUGGACUACAACAGAGGAAAACUGUCAUUCUCUGACCUUGAUACUAACACACACAUACACACCUUCACACACGCAUUCACCAACACGCUGUUUCCGUACAUUUACACAAACAAAGAAUUUCCACUUCAGAUAUUACCAACGAAGAUCUCAGUCACAACAGAGCAGCUUAGUCAGCGAAGGAGAAUAUGA